AUGUCGAGAGUGGGUAACGGAAAUCAAACAAGUUUCUGGCAUGACGUGUGGACUCCUUUCGGUCCUCUCAUUCGUCACUUUGGUCCCCAAGGGCCACGAGAGCUGGGAAUCCCUACGGACGCCAGAAUCUGCUCAGUGGUUAAUGAGAAUGGAUGGAAGCUUCCAUCAGCCCGUUCUGACGAAGCGGAGGCCUUGCAAAUUCACCUUGCCUCUGUUAGUCUCCCAUGUGCUUCUGCUCAUGAUGAUGAAUUUUUGUGGCGAGUUGAUAAUGUAGAACUAGAUGCUUUUUUCACAAAGCUCACGUGGGAGUCAUUGAGACCAAGAGCCCCUAUCCAACUUUGGACAAGUAAUGUUUGGUAUAAGGGAGCUAUUCCACGCCACGCCUUUCACUUAUGGGUCACCCACUUGAAUAGGCUCCCUACUAUAUCAAGACUCAAGGCGUGGGGUUUACAGAUUCAAACAAGUUGCUGCCUUUGUGAUCGGUUUGAAGAAAAUAGAGAUCACAUCUUCCCCAGGUGUGAAGUUAGCCAGCAUCUAUGGGCCAUGAUCAUCAGAAGGCUAGGGUACAGAACUCUCUCCUUUCACUCUUGGAAUGCUUUUUCUGAUUGGUUGGGAUCAAAGGAUUCAAUCUGUCCAACAACUCUAAGAAGACUUGUUGCUCAAGCAGUUAUCUACUCUUUGUGGCAUGAGAGGAACAAUAGGCUGCAUAACAACAUCUCCUCCUCUUCAGAAGUCAUCUUUAAACUACUUGAUCGCAGAAUCAGAGACGCCAUUCUCGCUCGUAGGAACCCUAAGAAGUUCAAAAACCUUCUUGCUAAAUGGUUAACUUUUGCCUAA